CAAACGCGACACAUCUUCACGUGUGGAUAAAACAAGGCUACCGGAGAACAUACGUUCUGACUAGAUCAACAAGAUGGAGGAAGAAGAGCAGAGAAAAGAAGAGGAGACAGAAGAGAGGAGUGUUGGAGAUGAGGAAGACGAACUUCAGACCAACAAACCAACAGAGGAGAAGAAAGGUGGGACCUCCUGUUCAGACAGGAAGUGUGUUCCGGGAAUCAUCUACCUGGGUCAUAUCCCUCCCAGGCUUCGUCCCAAACACCUGAGGAACCUGUUUACACCGUAUGGCGAGAUAGGACGGAUCUUCCUCCAACCAGAGGACCGUGUCGUGAGGAGAAAGAAGAAGAAGGCGGGGUCACGGGGGUGUGACUUCACAGAGGGGUGGGUGGAGUUUCGGGAUAAACGCGUCGCAAAGAGGGUGGCGGCUUCACUUCACAGUACGCCCAUGGGGAACAAGAAACGCAGCCGUUUCCACUCUGACCUUUGGUGUAUCAAGUACCUCCACAGGUUCCAGUGGACCCACCUGAGUGAGCGUUUGGCGUAUGAACAGUCGGUGCUGAAGCAGAGACUGAGGACGGAGGUGUCCCAAGCCAAGAGAGAGACCAGCUUCUACCUGGCAAACGUGGAGAAGAGCCACCACAUGGACAAAGUCAGAAAGAAGAGAAAGCCAGGACAAGACAAGGUGGAGGAGAAAACGUGGGACUUUACUCAGCAUAAGACAGAGGAGGAGAUCCAGCUGAAAAAGAUGAACAAGAAACAGCGGGACAAGGCUCACUCCAUACAGCAGAAGAGCCAAUCAAAUGUCUCUUUGCUUGCAAAGAUCUUCAAUUCAAGCCCGAAUCAGAAUGUCCUGUAGGAGGUGCAUUGAAACCCAGUUAGGUUUUUAUGUCCUUUUACCACAAAACACAGAAACAGUAAAUCUCAGCUUGACUGACAGCUCAUUGGCUGGAAGCAGCCAGCAUGGUGAAUGACAUGACUGCAAUCUGAUGGAAGAAACUGCACGCCGGUGGGCGUCUGGCUGUAUAUGGCUGUGGAACGGACAUUUCCUGUACAUGUUAAAUAACUUUGUUGAAUGGAAUUCAGGUUGACCAUAGAAGCUCUUUCUACAGCUAGACAACAGGGUUUUGUGUUUUCGUCACAUCCUCUGGUUUGUAAGAUUUACUGGACAACUGACCCAAUAUAUCCUAGUCAAAUCACUUCUGAUGGCAUGCUAUCAUGGCUGUAGAAGAUCGACACUAUCUUCUUUUUGCUUUCAAUUGUGCAUUCCUGGAUACCUUUUUGUGAAUUAAAUGUGACUGAUGUCUGACUCAGAAUAAAUAAGUGUGUCAGCCAACCAUGAAGCAGGUCAGAAAUAUAACAUGGACGGAGUUACAGGCACUGUGUUU